UUGUCCACAAAAUUGACGCUAUCACAAAAAAAGUGAAAACCCUCGCAACCUGCAACAAUUUAGGCUAUCAUCAACGAUGGGUUGGCUAUCGAAGAACGGCGAUUUCGGCUACAAUUCCUCUUCCUCCGGCGACGUCAGCGAGUUCCACCGCUCCUCUGGCGGCGCUGAUGAUAGCGACCGCUGCGCCACGCGGAAGGUGGUGAGAUCGCAGUGCCGCACCGAGGAAGUCGAGCCUGGUAAAUUCGUGCGCAAAUGCGAGAAGACCGAACAGAUUUUCAAGGACUGCGUUGGAAGGCCGACAGAGAUGGUAGAGUCUAACAAAGAGUACACUGAGGAAGAUGUCACAGACCAAAUGGUUAAAGGCUCAUUUUCAUUCAAGUCCACAGAACCUGAAUCGAUUCCUUUCCCUGGGCUACGCAGUGACAUUGAGGCUAUUGAACGCAGCUUAUUUGGUAGCAUGAACAGAUUUUUUGAAGCUGCUGAAGAGGUGAAAAAUGAUUUCUUCAGUUCAAUUGGUAUCCCAGGCGGAUUCGAUAAAGAGUUUCCCCCAUCUGAGAGACACAGUAUUCCUAUUGAGAAUUCCCCUCCAAAAGAAGCUAUUCCCAAUGGAGAAGUUGAUCUUUCCGGCCUGGCAAGAGAUGUGUGAUACUGAUACAUCAAACUAGACAUUUGCUAGUUUAUGUUAUACAAUAAAUCUUGCAGUUUCAAAUCUUUUGAUCAUAUACUAACACCUCUCAAGUAUUUUUCCUAA